AGAAUCAAAAUUUAAGUUAUAAAGCCAUUUGGCAAAAUGGGUGAUGUUGAAUUACACUUCGGCCUCGCACCACUUCGGUCUGUGUACCGAUGCUCGACCCACAUAUUGGACUUAAACCAGGACAUUAUGUUGCGGUUGUACGAUUAUCUGAUCGAUCUGACGGAUAGGGUGCGUCUGGCCUGUACGGCGCCCAAGCUCGGUGAGGCCUUCCGAAUGUGGGCCCGCAAACAGAGACAAAUACUCGAUGUAGAGGAUUUGGAGACGAUGAAGCUCCCAGAGAUGAUCAAUUUCUUUAUGUGGGCGGGGCCGUUCAUCAAAGUGCUGCAUGUAAACUGUGACUGGUACGAAAAGGAGUCCCUGGUGGUGGAAUUUAUAGCAGAGUAUUGCUUUAAUCUCGAGGAGAUCUACUAUACAAAUGUCACCGACGACUUCCACUUUCGGACAAUCAUGUCACGGAUGAAGCACCUGAAGCGGAUCACCGUCAACUGUUUGGAUGCGGAGGAUGUGCUUAGCUUCGAUUUAGAGCCCAAUCAGGGUCUGGAGUACUUUGAGCUGAUCAAUGGCUGUUAUACGGGCGAACAUCUGUGCGGUUUCCCCAAGCUCCAUACGCUGAUACUGCGUAACUGUUUGCUCUGGAACUAUUGGGCAUUUGGCAUACCGUUAAGGACAUUGCGUCUCCUGAACCUGGAUGACUGCAGCUUUGAGGUGAUGAACGAUAGCCUGUACGGUAAGAUAGCCGAGUGUUGUGUGAACCUCGAGGAGCUCCAUUUCUCCGGCUGUGACACCCACUUUGAGGUGAUUGCCCAACUGCCAAAGCUAAAGCGUUGCACGCUCAAGACCUGGGGGAGCUCCAAUGAGUUAAACAUCGGAUUCCUGGCCACGCUGGCCGAGAAAAAACUGGGCAGCAAUCUCACUCAUCUGCAUUUGUCCGGCCAGUUUGAGAUCAGCAAUGAGCAUGCCCGGGUCCUGGGACAACUUCAAUCGCUGCAGGAGCUGCGCUGGAGCAGCAAUGACGUCCUGGAGGAUGAUCAUUUCAAGUUCUUCAACGAUCUUAGUGUGCUCGAGUCCUUUGGCAUGUCCUUCUGCGGUCGCGUCACCGACGUGGGUAUGAUGCGUCUGCUGAGAAAGUGCGGACAACUGAAGCUGAUCGACCUGAAGGAUUGCAGCCAGAUCACCAAUGAUUUUGUACUCAAUGCCAUCGGUUGUCUGACCAAGCCCUCACCACGUCGCCAUUUGGUGAUCAAUGUGCUGGGCACUAAGAUCAAGGAGAGUCUGCUCACGUCCAUCGAGUAUCUGGCGCCCUUGAACAAUGUAAAGCUUAACUUUGUCCAUGAAUAGAAACAAUCGGUUUGCAAGAGACAAUGGGAUCCCUCCGCUCUUAGUCAUGAUCCAGUCGAUCCACAAGGAAGUGCUGUGCUCAAUAUUUAUGAUCGUACACACAAUACACCAUUAGCAAUGGGAUAAUUGUUGGGACAAGCGUGUGCUGCGGCACUUGGGCAUUUAAUAAUAUUAAAUAGAAAUCCAAAAUUGUAUUAAAACAAUA